AUGACUGGACUGCCAUGUGCAACUUUUAAACAGUUGCACUCCAACCUUUUCCAUUCUUCCGUUUUCUCCUUUCUCUACAUUCCAUCCAUUCAAGGGAUGCCACAAGGUUCCUCCUCUUCUUCGAGAACUUCCUCCAUCAUGUCUAUCAGCUCUGUCACCGGCCUGAUGGCAAGCUACUCCCCUCUUGCGGAUCACCAUCCUAUGGAGGAAAAGGAUGACACUGCCACCCUCCAGUCUGAUGUGGAGACUGGAGCCCGCCAGGGAACUGGUCGGCGCUCCUCCCGCCUCAUCGAUGGUCGCACUGUCUCCGACGCCAUCAUCGGUCUGUCUGACGGCAUGACUGUUCCAUUCGCUCUGACCGCCGGUCUGUCCGCCCUGGGCGACACCAAGGUUGUGGUCUAUGGUGGUCUCGCGGAGCUUAUCGCUGGAGCUAUCUCGAUGGGCCUCGGUGGUUACCUGGGUGCCAAAAGCGAAGAGGAGUCGUACAAUGCCACCCUCAAGGAAACCAAGGCUCAGACCUUGACCGACCCCGCCUCGGUGUCUGACGCCAUUUCCGACAUCUUUGAGCCCUACGAGCUCCCAUCCGAGCUGGUCGCCCAGCUUAAGCACCACCUCUCCGACUCCCCCAACCUCCCUUCUUUCCUCAUGAACUUUCAACACACCCUCCCCGAGCCCGCCGACUCCCGCGCUGUUAUGUGCGCUCUUACCAUCUCCCUUGGCUACUUCAUCGGCGGUUUCGUUCCUCUGGUCCCUUACUUCUUUGUCGGACCCACCGAAGCCUACAUCGCCUUGCGCUGGUCGAUCCUCAUCAUGGUGAUCGCGCUCUUCGUGUUCGGCUACGGUAAAACCUGCUUUGUCAGUGGCUGGAAGGGCCGCCAGAAUGUCCGCAAGGGCCUUAUCGGUGGAAUCCAGAUGGUUUUGGUGGGUGGUGUCGCUGCCGGCUCCGCCAUGGGCCUUGUUAAGGGCUUCCAAAUGCUGGCUGAUGGUUCUGGUCAGAACUAG